CAGAAGUGUGUGCAAAGCAGCUUGGGGCUGGGGAGCUGAUGGCUCAGAGCGCUUCCUGUUCCUGGAGCUGCGCGUGCCCAGCUGUGUGCUGGGCUGCUCCUGCCUGUGCCCUGCAGCAGUGCACGGAGGGCCACGAGAUCAAGGCACACAUCAAGGAACAGGUUGAUGGAGAGGGGCCGAAUGGACUAACAGUAGACAUCAGGAGUGAUACAUGGCCAGCUCCCCAAAGGCACAGAAACAGCUUGGUGUUGGGUGCUCCAUCGCAGACCUCCGACUUCCCUUUUCUCACCAGUGCAAAGAGAUUUUUCCUCUGUGUUUUUUGAGUUGCUUUGGUGGUAGCCACUUGGCCUCCUCUUCUUCUUCCCUCCACAAUGGUGAGGUGGUUUCAUCGUGACCUGAGCGGGCUGGAAGCUGAAGCCUUACUGAAGGGACGAGGUGUCCAUGGGAGCUUUCUAGCCAGACCCAGUCGGAAAAAUCAGGGGGAUUUUUCCCUUUCGGUUCGGGUUGGUGACCAGGUAACCCACAUCCGCAUCCAGAAUACUGGGGAUUUCUAUGACCUGUAUGGAGGGGAGAAGUUUGCCACAUUGUCAGAACUGGUGGAGUACUAUACACAGCAACAGGGCUCACUGCAGGACAAAGAUGGAACCAUCAUCGACCUGCGAUACCCGCUCAACUGCUCUGACCCCACUACAGAGAGAUGGUACCAUGGGCAUCUGUCAGGCGCUGCAGCUGAGUCACUUCUCCAGGUCAAAGCCACACCUUGGACCUUCUUGGUGCGGGAGAGCCUCAGCAAACCCGGGGAUUUCGUCUUGUCUGUCCUGACUGACCAACUUAAACCUGGGUCUGAUGCUCCAUCAGCUGGGGCAAGCAGUGCCUCCGGGGCCCGUCUCAAAGUCACCCACGUCAAAAUCAUGUGUGAGAAUGGACGUUAUACAGUUGGAGGUGCUGAAAAGUUUGACAGCUUGGCAGAUCUGGUGGAGCACUUCAAGAAGACUGGAAUUGAGGAAGUGUCUGGCUCCUUUGUAUACCUGAAGCAGCCCUACUAUGCUACAAGGGUGAACGCUGCUGACAUUGAGAAUAGAGUGCACGAACUGAACAAGAAGAGUGUAUCUGAAGAAACAUCCAAGGCUGGAUUCUGGGAGGAAUUUGAUAGCCUGCAAAAACAGGAAGCCAAGCAGCUGUUUGACCGUCAUGAGGGCCAGAGACCUGAAAACAAGAGCAAGAACCGAUACAAGAACAUCUUGCCCUUUGAUCACUCUAGAGUCAUCCUCCAAGGAAGGGACCCAAAUAUCCCCGGAUCUGACUAUAUCAAUGCCAACUACGUCAAGAACAAUCUGAUCAGCCCAGACGAGUGCACCAAGACCUACAUCGCUAGCCAGGGCUGCCUGGAUGCCACAGUCAAUGACUUCUGGCAAAUGGUGUGGCAGGAGAACACACGCAUUAUUGUGAUGACCACGCGGGAGGUAGAAAAAGGGCGGAAUAAAUGCGUGCCCUACUGGCCAGAGGUGGGCAGCACAAAAGAAUAUGGUCCCUACCUUGUGGAGAACACUGGGGAGCACGAUGCACUGGAAUACAAACUCCGUCACCUCUGUGUGUGUCCAAAGAACAACGCUGACGCUGUGCGUGAGAUCUGGCACUACCAGUACCUGAGCUGGCCUGACCACGGUGUCCCCAGUGAGCCAGGAGGAGUGCUGAGCUUCCUCGACCAAAUAAACCAGAAACAGGAGAGCAUCCCAGCUGCUGGGCCUAUUCUGGUGCAUUGCAGUGCUGGGAUUGGCCGCACGGGGACUAUCAUCGUCAUUGAUAUGAUAGUGGAAACAAUCUCCACCAAGGGACUGGACUGUGACAUUGACAUCCAGAAGACCAUCCAGAUGGUGAGGUCCCAACGCUCAGGGAUGGUGCAGACAGAGGCCCAGUACAAGUUCAUCUACAUGGCCAUCUGCCAGUUCAUAGAGACAACCAAGAAAAAGCUGGAGGUUAUCCAGUCUCAGAAAAGCAAGCAAAAUGAGUCUGAGUAUGGGAAUAUUGCCUACCCGCCUGCAAUGAAGAAUGCACAUGCCAAGGCCUCAAGAAAAUCCUCCAACAGGCAGAAAGAGGAGUCAACAGUUUAUGAGAACUUGGGCAAAAAAGAGGAGAAAGUACGGAAACAGCUCUCCUCAGACAAGAAGCUGAAAGGCUCGCUAAAGAAAAAAUAAGCAUGAGUAAGCAGGUUUUGAACAUGGAGUGCAGAACUGGAGCUUGGAUCCAGGCUGGCCUGUCUCACAUUCCCAUCUCACGGACUGGAACUAGGCCUUCCCCAUUUCUUCCAUGCCAUCUUUCAGUGCUCUGAACCAGGCUGCUUUCCAGCUCAGCUGACUUCACUGUCCCUUGCCCACACAGGCCUGUGAACUCUCUCAUUGUCCUUCAUCAGUCAUUAACAGGAAAAAAAAAAAUCACACCCCUUCUUUCCCUUGGUGUGUGCACACUGGCACCUUAACUCCCCUCUGCUUCAGCAGUUCCUUUUCUUGAGGAGUUACGGAAGAGCUUUACAGGAGCUACAUCUCUACCUGCCACUGUGAGUUAAAGAGUUUAGCCUGUUUAGUGUUCCCUGAAGCCUCCUCUUUUAAAAUCUGGCAUUUUGGGCCUGUUUCAGCUUAGCCUCUCUAUAAUUCAACAGGUAACUUCCUAUUUUCUUUAUCCUGACCCUCUACCCCCCAACCCCUUUUCUAUUUGAUCCUGUAAAUAUGCCAGAAUUUGAUGUGAUGGCCGUGUUUUCACUUGUGUUUGUAAAUAAAAGUGUAUUUGUUUGAA